UUUAUAAAAAUAAAUGGACGGAAUGGAUAAACCAUAUACAUCAUGGUGGGCCCCACGUAGGUACCUAAUCCACGCCCAAAAAAAUUGGGCGCGCGCUCAAAAAACAGCUGCGCGCCAAAAUGAAUAUGCGACCCUCUCUCUCUCUCUCUCUCUCUCUCUCUCUCUCUCUCUCUCUCUCUCUCUCUACGCCCAAAACCGAGUCCCCUCUUUCUGCCCAAAACCCUUUCUCCCUCCCUCUCUCUCUUGUUAACCGAUUUCUUGAUUUCUCUCUCAAGAAGAGUUGCAGAGAAUGAAUCUAGAACUAUAAUCAUUCAAGGUCAAGAUCAAAGAGAAUCAGGAAAAGAUUAAACUCAACAAACAGCUCCCUUAGUCGGCAACAUCAUUGAGAUGACGAAAGGGAAGGAACUUCAUGGGAUUAUAAAUAGGAGAGGAUUCAAAUUUGAUGCUUCCGUGGCAAAUGCUCUGAUUGAUAUGUAUGGCAAAUGUGGGGAUCUGGAGGCUGCUCGUUGGCUGUUUGACAGAAUGCCUCAGAGAGAUGCUGCUUCAUGGACAUGCAUGAUAUCUGACUACUUGCAAAGAGGGCUUUCACUGUGCCCAUCUGUCGUUCAACAGGAAUGGGUUCUGAUGACUAGCUGCGGCCUGGGUUUGAGGGACCUGAAGUCGCUGCCCUCCAAAUCCCUCUGAUCACGUGGCAAUGUCCUCCCAGAGUAUGCCAAUGUUCAUUUACUUUUCGAGUUUACAAUGCAGUUUGUGAGAUGCUGUACACUUUACUAUUUCUUAACCUUAUAUAAUUUUCAGUAACAAGAGUUUCAUGCUUUUAGAAGGGAAGGAAUCA